CCUGCUGCGGCCUUCACAAAAACACCUUUCGUUUAUUUUUCUUUCACAUUUCACUUCAAAACUCUCUCUCUCUCUCUCAAACAUUGAUCAACAGUAGUACGUACGAUCGAGCAAAUCGAGUUUUGCAAAUCGUUUGUUGCUGUGAAUCUGCAGAGGAAGAGUGAUUUGAAAGCGCGUCGCAUCGUGUGUGUGAACGUACGCGAGUUGUUUAAUCUGGUCGUGAAUUUUGUUGCUGUUAAUUGGUGCUGCGUUGAUGAACCGGCGUUGGGGUUUUCGCUUCGAUCGAGGAAGGAGUGUACUUUUGGUUUAGGAUUUUCAAGGAGAUGUUUAAUUUUUGUUAGAUUUUGAGACGAAAUCAUCGUUCUUUUUGAGAAAAGAGGAAAACAAUUUUCGAGAGAUUUUUAUGAAUUUGGUUUUCUAUCUUCUUUAGCUUCUGAGCUCAAGCUUCUUUGCUUUUUGCUUCCUUUUCUUUCUGCAAAGGAGCUUUGAUGCUUGCUGGUUUCAUUUUCGUUUUCAGUUGAAGUUUUGGUGUUCGGCUCGGAUUUGGUGAAAAGUUUUUCAGGUUUGUAUGGCUGCAAUGAUUUCUUUAUCAAAAGGAUAAGUAAUCGAAGUCUGCAGCAUGCAAUAAUUGACCAUGGUAGACAUUGAGAAAUCCUCUACACCUUCUGCUGAAUCCAAUCCUCGCUCCGUUGAUAAUCAGACGAAUAAAUCCAAUGAUCAGCCGACGGAAACCUCCGUGCCGGCGAAGAAGAAGCGAAAUCUUCCCGGAAUGCCAGAUCCAGAUGCGGAAGUUAUUGCCUUAUCUCCCAAAACACUACUGGCGACCAACAGAUUCGUGUGCGAAAUCUGCAACAAAGGAUUCCAACGCGACCAGAAUCUGCAACUCCACCGGCGUGGCCACAACUUGCCGUGGAAGCUCCGUCAGAGAACGAGCAAAGAAGUAAGGAAGCGCGUUUACAUCUGUCCGGAACCGACUUGCAUCCACCACGACCCUUCCAGAGCCCUCGGCGACCUCACCGGAAUUAAGAAACACUUCUGCCGGAAGCACGGCGAGAAGAAGUACAAGUGCGAGCGGUGCUCGAAGAAGUACGCCGUUCAGUCCGACUGGAAAGCGCACAUGAAGACCUGCGGCACUCGCGAGUACCGUUGCGAUUGCGGAACCUUGUUUUCCAGGAGAGAUAGUUUCAUUACGCACAGAGCCUUUUGCGAUGCCUUGGCGCAGGAGAGUGCUCGGUCUCAGCCCCCUCCGCCGCCUGAGCCUUCGCCGCCGACCGGAGGAGAUUUGAAGGUCCAGAUCGCCGCCGCAUCUCCGCCUCCUGCAACUUCCAGUCCGCCGCCGCCGCCGCUCACUCCGUCUACCAGUGUUGUCUCUCCUGCUCUCUCCGUUCAAAGCCCUGCAGCUGAACUGCCUGAAAAUCUACAGCCGCCGCCGCCGCCAGGACCUCCGGCUUCCGUCGCAGCUGCUGCUACAACCACCACCACCGCCACCGAGGCUUCUAUAGCUACUUCGACAGUAGGUACGACAGUUUCCUCCCCGGCGUCGACCGCCACAGCAUUUACAUUCAAUUCUCCAACCUCCGAUCUUCCCCAGCCGCCGCCGUCGCCUUACUCCAGCUUACUGUCUGCGAUGGCGGCGGGGCCCGACCACAGCCACCAUCCCACCGCCGUUGAUUCCAUGUCCCUCUCCUUAUCCUCCUCCCUAUACACUCCAUCCUCCCUAUUCCCCGCCACCUCGCCACGCUACGUGUCGAUACCUCCGCCGCCUCCGGCGGCAUUAUCCGCCACGGCGUUGCUCCAGAAAGCCGCUCAGAUGGGUGCAACGACGUCGUCCAGCUCCUCCUUCCUCCGCGGCCUCGGCCUGGCUUUACCCUCCGCCUCCGACCACCACCCCAACACGACGUCGCCGCCGCCUCCCACCUUCUGGAACAACGGCGCCGCCAAGUUCGAGAACAUUCCGGCGUCGUCCGGGCUGAUGAUGAGCCCGUCGGCGCUCUUCUCCGACAAGCCUACGACGCUUGAUUUUCUGGGACUAGGAAUGGGCGGCGGCGGGGAGCCCUCCUCCGUCGGAUUCUCCGCCUUCCUGAGCUCAUUCGACGGCGGCGAGUCGUGGGAGGAUUCUCCGGACCGGAAGCCGUCGGUCGUCUGAUGGAAUCGGUAAGAAAAUAGUUGCUUCCAUAGUAAAAGUAAAAAAAAAAAACUAUGGGUUAAUUUGAUAAACUACCUGGAGGGGCAUUAUUGUAAUUAUAAUGCAUGUUUGGAUUUGUUUCUAAUUUCUAUCCUUAUCCUUUAGAGAGUGUAAUAUUUCAACUUUCUGCUUCAAAUGAAUUAUCCAAUUUUCCAGUGA